CCCGGCGCGGCGCAGCCAUGGGCAAGGACCAGGAGCUGGUGCAGGCGGUGAAGGCGGAGGACAUCGCGGCCGUGCAGAAGCUGCUGCAGAGGCCCAAGCCCGGCAAAGCCAAGCUCCUUGGAUCGGCAAAGAAAGUCAACGUCAACUUCCAAGACACCGACGGGUUCUCGGCCCUGCACCAUGCGGCGCUCAACGGCAACACGGAGCUCAUCUCGCUGCUGCUGGAGGCACAGGCUGCUGUGGACAUCAAGGACAACAAAGGCAUGCGGCCCCUGCACUAUGCGGCCUGGCAGGGCAAGAAGGAGCCCAUGAAAAUGGUGCUGAAGGCAGGUUCCUCCGUGAACAUCCCAUCGGAUGAGGGCCAGAUCCCCCUGCACCUGGCGGCACAGCACGGGCACUACGACGUGUCGGAGAUGCUCCUGCAGCACCAGUCCAACCCCUGCAUCAUGGACAACUCGGGGAAGACGCCCUUGGACCUGGCGUGCGAAUUUGGCCGGGUCGGGGUGGUCCAACUGCUCCUGAACAGCAACAUGUGCGCGGCGCUGCUGGAGCCCAAACCGGGGGACACCACCGACCCCAACGGCACCAGCCCCCUGCACCUCGCCGCCAAGAACGGCCACAUCGACAUCAUCCGGCUCCUGCUGCAGGCUGGCAUCGACAUCAACCGGCAGACCAAGGCAGGCACGGCGCUGCACGAGGCUGCUCUCUGCGGCAAGACAGACGUGGUGCGGCUGCUGCUGGAUAGCGGGAUCAACGCCCACGUCAGGAACACCUACAACCAGACAGCUCUGGAUAUCGUCAACCAGUUCACCACCAGCCAGGCCAGCAAGGAGAUCAAGCAGAUGCUGCGGGACGCCUCCGCCGCUCUGCAGGUCCGGGCCGUCAAGGACUAUUGCAACAAUUACGACCUGACCAGCCUCAACGUGAAGGCCGGGGACGUCAUCACCGUGCUGGAGCAGCACGCGGACGGGCGCUGGAAGGGCUGCAUCCACGACAACCGCACCGGCAACGACCGCGUGGGAUACUUCCCCUCCAGCCUCGUCGAGGCCAUAAGCAAACGAACAGGGUCUCGCGGGGCCGACAUGAGCCCGUCCCACCUCUCGCCGUCGCAGGGCGGAUCGGCCGCGCCAGCCCCCGCCGAGGAGAUCUGGGUGCUGCGGAAACCCUUUGCGGGUGGUGACCGCAGCAGCCUGGGCAGCACGGGCAGCGUGGCCUCUGCCCGCAGCUCGGGGAGCGGGCAGAGUGCGGGCAGCGGGGCACACGCCCUGCACGCCGGCUCCGAAGGCGUCAAGCUGCUGGCAACGGUCCUUUCCCAGAAGGCUUCUGCGCAAGAGUCUGCCGUGGGCGAUGGGCCGGCCAAGGCGCAGGACAUCCCCGCAGGUUCGUCGCGGUCGCAGAGCGUGGCCAGCUCCCCGUACGCCCCCCAGCCCCCUGCCGAGCCCCAGCUGAAGAAAAUGGAGCCACCGUCAGAGGGGAAGAGCUCGGAGGCCGUGUACCAGUGGCUCUGCAAGUUCCAGCUGCAGCUCUACGCACCCAACUUCAUCAACGCCGGCUACGACAUCACCACCAUCAGCCGGAUGACGCCAGAGGACCUCACGGCCAUCGGCGUCACCAAGCCGGGGCACAGGAAGAAGAUCAACAACCUCAGCAUCCCCGAGUGGCUGCCGGAGUACAAACCGGCCAACCUGGCGCUGUGGCUCUCCAUGAUUGGCCUGUCCCAGUACUACAAGGUGCUGGUGGAGAACGGCUAUGAGAACAUCGACUUCAUCACCGACAUCACCUGGGAGGACCUGCAGGAGAUUGGCAUCACCAAGCUGGGCCACCAGAAGAAGCUGAUGCUGGCGGUGAAGAAGCUGGCGGAGCUGCAGCGUGCCGAGCUGGGCAAGUACGAGCCGGGCACGCUGAAGAGGAAGGCGUCGGGGCCGUGCCCAGAGGUGCUGGCCAUCGAGUCCCCCCCACCGGAGCCACCCGAGUGCCAGUCGCCCAAGAUGACCACCUUCCAGGACAGCGAGCUCAGCAGCGAGCUGCAGGUGGCCAUGACGGGCGAAGCCCCCGAGGAGCCCCCUGAGAAGGUGGUGAACCCCCCGGCCCCCGGUUACCGCUCGCCGCCGGGCCUGGGUGGCCGUGCCAGGCUGAUGAGCAGCUCCCAGGAGCUGCUGGGGGACGGCCCGCGGGGUCCCCCUGCCGCUGCCAUCUCCAAGAGCCAGGAAUACCUGGCGGAGGGAGCCGGUGAGGGCCCCCCUGCGCCACCCAAGGAGGGGCGCCCACCCCGGCACGGCCACCCCGUGAAGCGUGCCAGCGUGCCACCGGUGCCCGGCAAACCCCGGCAGCCCUUCCCGCCCUCCACUGGGCAGCUGACGCCGCCACAGACCCCCGGCAAGGCACGGCCCCCCUCUCCACAAGGGCCAGCUCUGCCCCACGCCACUGCCAAGGUGAAGCCCACCCCGCAGCUGCUGCCGCCCGGCGAGCGCCCCGCGUCGCCCCGCUCCCUGCCCCAGUCACCCACCCACCGCGGCUUCGCCUACGUCCUGCCACAGCCCGCCGAGGGCGAGGGGGCACCACCGGGGGUGCCCGUCCUGCCCGUCUCGGUGCCAGUGCUGUGCCUGCCUCCGGCGGGCGAGGGCGAGGAGGAACCGGGGAGGCCGAAGAAGCGGGCACACAGCCUGAACCGCUACGCCGCCUCUGACAGCGAGCAGGAGCGGGACGAGCUGCUGGUGCCGGACGCGGGACCCUAUGCCACCGUCCAGCGGCGCGUGGGCCGCAGCCACUCGGUGCGGGCAGCCGCCGGCGGCGACAAGAACGUCAACCGCAGCCAGUCCUUCGCCGUCCGCCCCAAGAAGAAGGGACCCCCACCACCCCCUCCCAAGCGCUCCAGCUCCGCCAUCUCCAGCGCCGGCAUGGCCGAGGACUUCCCCAAGGAGGGUGAGGGCGAGGCAGCCGUCGGACCCCCGAGCGCUGAGGGGGAGAGCCGACGGGAGCAGCGGCGGGCCAGCGACCUGGGCGGCAGCGUGGACACGGGCAGCGCCGGCAGCGUGCGCAGCAUCGCGGCCAUGCUGGAGAUGUCCUCCAUCGGCGGCGGGGCCCGCGCGCUGGCCCUGCAGAAGCCGCACGUGGCCGGUGGGCCUGGGCCGGCCAAGGCACCCGACGGCUACUACCUGCAGCCGGGACCCCCCCCGGGCAGCCCCGACCGUGCCCGUGUGGCCACCGUCCUGGCCACCGUCAAGCACAAGGAGGCCAUCGGGCUGGACGGGGAGGUGGUGAACCGGCGCCGGACCAUCAGCGGCCCUGUCACCGGGCUGGUGGCAGCCGCCCGCCGCGAGCGCGCCGACAGCGUGCGGUCGGAGGCGGGUGCCGACAGUCCCGGCGAGCGGCUGCGGGUGGAGCGUGGCGGUUCCCCCGACGGCAUCCCCUUCGCCGAGGAGGGCACCCUCACCAUCAAGCAGCGGCCACGGCCCCUGGGGCCGGCCCGGGGGGAGGCGGGUGAGGGGCUGUCCCCAGCCCACCGCCAUGGGGAGCUGGCCAAGGUGGAGGCCAGUGCCACUCUCAAGCGGCGGAUCCGGGCCAGGCAGAGCCAGCAGGACGGCGUCCGCUUCGUCCUCACCGAGUCCGACACCGUCAAGCGCCGGCCCAAGGCCAAGGACAAGGAGCCGGCACUGGAGCCGGCCACACUCGCCGUGUACCAGAACGGCACCGGCACCGUGAAGCGGCGGCCGGCCUCCGAGCUGAGCGGGGCUGAGCCGCCCCCGACCCCGCCGCCCACUGCCCGCCCCGACGGCCCCGACUACAUCCCACCGCCUGCCGAGCCCAAGAAGCCCUUCAAGCCACCGGUGUCCCCCAAGCCUGUGCUGACGCAGCCACCUCAAAAGGUGCCUGGGCCACCAGUGCCCAUCCCCAAAAAGGUGCCCAUCCCAAGCCCUGGCAGCCCAGAGGUGAAGCGGGUCCAUGGCACGCCGCCCCCAGUGUCCCCCAAGCCCACGCCGCCUCCCACGGCACCCAAGCCCCCCAAGCCCCACGCCGCCAUCCAGUCAGUGAGUGCCAGCUCCACGCCGGCCCCGUCGCCUGCCCGGCAGCUGGGCCCCGCGGGCAGCAAGCCCUCCAGCACCCCGCCCUCGCUCUGCUCCAGCCCUGCCAAGCCCCUCUCACCUGGCGCGCAGCCCCAGCAGGUGCCGGUGAAGCCGCCGCGCUCCACCAUCGCCAGCCCCUCCGUGGACAGCGCCGGCCCCGAGCUGGCGCAGCAGAAGCUGGAGGAGACGAGCGCGUCCCUGGCUGCUGCGCUGCAGGCUGUGGAGGAGAAGAUCAAGCAGGAGGACAGUCAAGCAGACUCGGCCGUGGAGUCAAAGAGCACCGUGAGCAUCCUGGAUGACAUCGGCAGCAUGUUCGACGACCUGGCGGACCAGCUGGAUGCCAUGCUGGAGUGAGGGGCGCCAGGGCCCCGCGAACCUCAGGGCUUACGUGGGCACAAGGGCACAACGAUCCACGACCCCCCGGCCCCGCCGCCCUCCCCCCGUCCCCUUUGUACAGCCGUCCCCUCCCGGACAUCCCGUCCCUCGGGGUUUGCACAAAGAAGAAGAUACCUCAGGAUUGUGCUCACAGACUCGGCGCCGGCUCCGGCAGGACUCCCUUUUGCAGAAGCAAAAAAAAAAACAAAAACAAAACCCAACAGAAGAAACAAAGCAACACGUCCGGACCGAACCGCUGCCGGGGCUCUGGGAGGCUCUGGGGGGCUCCCGACCUCCCUGUCUGGUGGCCGCCCGUGCCCUGCCAGCCCUGGCGCCGCGGGUCACCGCGACCCGAAUGUAGCACAAGCCCUGCCCGGCGGCCCCGGCAGUGGCUCCGCCAGCCACGUGGCACCGAUGGCGUUUGCAAGUGGCGGGGCCGGGUGGGCAAAUGCACUUGGGUUUCUUUGCUCCGUUUUUAAUUUUUAUUUUUUAAACUUUGUUUUCUUUCUCGGUUGGGGUUGGCGGGGGGCGGCCAGGGCAGCUCCGGGCUGGCGGCUCCCCGGGGGCAGCGGGACGUGCCCCUGCCCGGCCCCUCCCCGCCCGGGGACAGGACGGUGAUAAGCUAUAAAAGAAGUAUUAAUUUAUUGGAGGGGAAAAAAAAAAUAAAAAAAAAAGAUAUAAAGCAGAUUUCCCCCACCCCCAAAAUAAUAAAAAGAAAUAAACUUUAACAAAUAUAUAUUUAAAAGAUUUUAAAAUAUUAGCAAUUAUAUAUAAAGCAGUUUAAAAGAAAUCAAGAGAAAACUGGAUUUUAGCUUGAGAAAAACUAUUAGAUUAUACUAAGCUGUGUGUCUUGUGGCAAACUCAUUCUACGAGUAGCACAAUAUUUACCUUUUCUCUGGGUGGAAGGUACGUGCGAGCGGUUCUGGUCGGGUUUUCCGUUGGGAUUCAGUGUCACGUCUUUCUUUUUUCCACCGUUACGAACUCAAAGGAUGUGCCUUGUUUUAUGGAGGUUUUUGUUAAUUCUUACACUGGAGGUGUUUCAUUUCUUUUGGAGUGUCUUCAGGGUUCGGUUUAGGUUUCUCCUGGUUCCUUUUGCUGUCGGUAUUUGUUUGGGGUGUGUGUGGUGUGCGUGGGUGUGCACGCGGGGUGCGUGUGCUCGCGUGCGUCCUCCGGGAUGCACCGCUGUAUAUUCCUGUAUAAACUGGAGUUGGAGUCUGGUUCAGUCGCUUGAGUCCUGAUGAAUGCAUUUUUUGCUUGUGGUUUCCAAACAAAAGUGUUGCUGUUCCUUUCUUUUCUUGAGACGUGGAGUGGUCUCUCCCCUCUUCUCUCUCCCCCCAUCCCUCUCCCCACUUCCCUCUCUCCCCGUCUCUCCCGUUGUGGUCGCUGAUCCAGAUGUGUUUGGCACAACUUUGAAAUUUCUUUUAAAAAAACAAAAAAUCAAAAACAAACAAACAAAAAAGACUUUAAAAAUAAUUAAAAAAAAAAAAAAUCACCCGCCUGAAAAUAUCUGUUGAAAAGAAAAAAAAAUAUGUAUCUUAAAAAAAAAAUCCAUAAAGUUCUACAUGAUGGAUAUAUACAUAUAUAUAUUUUUUAUGAUUAAGUUAUGGACUCUGUAUUGUAUCCCAUCUGUCCAGCUCUGCAUCUUGGUGCUGCUCCCUGCUCUUCUGUGCUUAGAUUUCACCUCUACUCGUCCUUAUUCUUCCUAUUCUGAAUAGUAGAUGGCUCGUGGUGCUGUGAAGACGUUUGCUCCUAUACCAAGUCUGGCAACAAAUAUUUAAAGAAAAAUAAAAAAAAUAAAACCCC